AUGAAAAAAAUAUUUUCUGUUGCAGUUGAAGGCAAUAUUGGAAGCGGGAAGACAACAUUAUUAAAUUUUUUUAAAAAAUACAGAAAUGUUGAGGUUUUAGUGGAGCCUGUAGAAAAAUGGAAAAAUAUUAAAGGUUUUAACAGUUUAGAUUUGAUGUAUAAAGAUGCCACUCGAUGGAGUUCAGCUUUUCAGUCGUAUGUCACUCUAACUAUGUUACAAAAUCAUCAUUAUCAUAAUGAUGAAAUCAACAUUCGAAUGACAGAAAGAUCUGUUUAUAGUGCUAGAUACUGUUUUAUAGAAAAUCUUUAUAAAAGUAAAUUAAUGCCAGAAAUAGAUUAUGCUAUGUUGGGAGAAUGGCACGAUUGGAUUAAAACAAAUGCUGAAGCUCAAUUAGAUAUUAUAGUUUAUUUACAAGCAAAACCAGAAACAUGUUUAACAAGAAUAGCUGAAAGAAAUAGGCAUGAAGAACUAGGUGUACCUUUAGAUUAUUUACAGACUCUAGAUAGCUUACAUAAUGAUUGGUUAAUCAAGAAGAUUCAUGGUGAAGUCCCCGCUAAAGUUAUCAUUAUCAAUACAGAUGGUAAUAAAGAAGAUGUUAUAAAGCAGAUUCAAGCUGUAGAAUCAGAAGUCAUGUGUGGCAUUCAGCCACUACUUUGA